AUGAUUCAGAAUUGCCUCCCGAGGGUGGGAUCGGAUCAUGUACCUAUUCGACUAGAGGUGGGAAUGCAUUGUGUCAAUCCUAGGCAGUUCCGUUUUGAGCUUGCCUGGACCACGGUAGAGGGUUUCUCGAACUUGGUGGCACAGUGGUGGGCUAGGUAUAAGGCACAGGGUUGUGGGACCUUCGUCUUGGCUAAAAAAUUGGCUUGGCUUAGGGAUGAGCUCCGAAGUUGGGCGAAGGAGAACUUUGGCUCCAUUAAGCUUAAGAAGUUGUCGCUUUUGCAUGAUCUCGAAUUGCUUGAUAUUAUCAAAGAAGCUAGGUGCCUUAACGUGGCUGAAUCUCAACGAGAGUGCGUGCUGACUGAGAACUUAGCCAUUAUUCGUAGGCAAGAGGAAUUGUACUGGAAGCAGCGCUCCCGCUUACAAUGGUUGAAGGAAGGUGAUGAAAAUACAAAAUACUUUCAUUCGGUAGCUAAUGGAAGGAAAAAUGGCAAUUAUAUGCCUUCCAUCAUUGAGGGUAAUGACACCUUUAAUUCUGCUAGAGACAUUGGAAAAGUCUUCGUACGUCGUUUCAAGGAUCUGUUUGGCCAAAAACGAGUUUUUCGUUUCAAAGUGGACCUUCGUGAUCUUUUGAAGAACAAAGCUUCUGUUGACCUAUCUUUUCUUGAAUGCCCCUUUACUCUGGAGGAAGUCAAAAGAGCGGUCUUUGACCAUGGGAGUGACAAAGCACCUGGACCGGAUGGUUUUCCGAUGCAUUUCUUUAAAACAUAA